AUGCCCUCAUCCGGUCAAUCAUCCUUCACCACCACCGGCGAGAACUCAUCCUCAACCGGAUCCUCCCUUAGCCAAAUCGCUAUGGAUUCCUUCAUUGCGCAAAUUACAAACCAUAAACUCUCUGGUCACAAUUAUCUUUCGUGGUCAAAAUCUGUUCGUAUGUUCAUUCGCGGAAAAGGAAAAGAUGACUUUCUUACCGAUGAAUCUGUUCAGCCUACUGAAACCUCAGCGUUGAAUUCAGUUGAUUCCAAUGCCUUCGCAGCAAAGGGCCAAAUUGACAACAGACCACGCAAAGGGAGGCCACCAACAGGAGAUUCAUCAAAUUGCACUGCCAAUGCUUCCGUUACAACACCUGCCUUCAACAAGGAACAAAUGGAAAUUCUUCAACAACUUAUCAGUACGACACCUUCGGUUCAAGCCAACACUGUCAUGCACAAAAAUAGUGAGCAUAAAGCCCUCCUCACCUCUGCCGACAACCUUUCAUGGAUUGUUGAUUCUGGCGCAUCAGAUCAUAUGACUGGUAACUCGUCUCUAUUCUCUACAUUGAAUUCGUGUAAUUCGAGUGCCACUGUGACAAUUGCCGAUGGAAGCAAGUCAUCGAUAAAGGGAGUUGGAACUGUUAAACUUUCUGAAAAACUCACAUUGAACCAAGUCUUUUACAUUCCUGAUCUUAAGUACAACCUUUUGUCAGUGUCAAAAUUAAAUAAGGAUUUGAAAUGCUUAACAGUAUUUGAAAGCAAUUUGUGUCUGUUUCAGGAUGGGAGUCAGGAACGACGAUUGGAUGUGCUAAACUCAUAA